AGUUUUCAACACUCGCCCAUGAUGUCUGCACCACACUGCAAAUGCCUUGGAAUUGAAUGUCAAACUCCAUUGGGAGUUCACAAGGGAUAAUGAGCAGUGAAGGACCAGAUUGUUUUAUGGCUUGGUUUGCAUUUGUGUCGUUGCUUGGAGGUGGAAUAUGGGGAAAAUGAAGAGAGAAAGAAAUAUUGCUAGUGAAGGGAGAACCAGCUCCAUCCGCUGGGCAGAUGAAGACUUGCAAGAUGAGACAGAGCCCAGCAUGGAAGAGAGCGCUGAAGAACAUAUUGAAACAGAUGUUGAAGUACAACAUAUCCCAUUUUCUAUGAAGCAUUAUCCAGAGAAGGAAAUGAUUCGCAGAGCCAAUGAGUUUUAUCAACUGAUGAAUAAGAGGAGGAGUGUCCGCUUCUUCAGCAAGGAAAUGGUACCAAGGGAGGUGAUUGAGAGCAUCAUCAGGACAGCAGGCACUGCUCCAAGUGGAGCACACACAGAACCCUGGACCUUUGUAGUCAUACAAGACCAGGAAAUGAAGCAUGAAAUUCGAAAAAUAAUUGAGGAGGAGGAAGAAAUUAACUAUUUGAAGAGAAUGGGAAAGAAAUGGGUCUCUGACUUAAAGAAAUUGAGGACAAACUGGAUUAAAGAGUACCUGGAUACUGCACCUUAUCUUAUAUUGAUAUUUAAGCAAACUUAUGGAAUCCUAUCCACUGGUAGGAGGACCCAUUAUUACAAUGAGAUUAGUGUUUCAAUUUCCUGUGGAAUUCUUCUAGCAGCUCUGCAGAAUGCUGGUCUAGUGACAGUCACCUCAACUCCUUUGAACUGUGGUCCUCGUGUGCGUGAAAUCCUUAAACGCCCAGUGAAUGAAAAGCUGCUGCUGCUGCUACCGGUUGGGUACCCAGCAAAAGACGCCACUGUACCAGACUUAAAACGCAAGUCAUUGGAUGAGAUUAUGGUGUUUGUUUAACUUUUUGAAAUAACUCAAUGUCUGUAGAUUAAUGCUUGCCUAAAUCCACCGCUCACAGUACUUCAAUGACUGCCUUGUCCUACACAAACCUUCCAAUAACUGGACAGAAUGUAAUCAAAAAUCACAAUAAUGAGCAUAAAGCUACCUUUGCCCAAUACUGGGAUUUUAGUGCAACUUGGGCAACCUCCCAAAGUAGGAAACCUGGUCAGUUGAAAAACACGAUGCUGGAGGAACUCAGCAGGCCAGGCAGCAUCCAUGGAGAAAAGCAGGUGGUCAACGUUUCAGGUCAGGACCCUUCUUCAAAUGUUGACCGCCUGCUUUUCUCCACAGAUGCUGCCUGGCCUGCUGAGUUCCUCCAGCAUCAUUGUGUUUUUCAUCUAGAUUCCAGCAUCUGUAGUCCUUUGUUUCUCUAAACCUAGUCAGUUGUCCAAAAUCCAAGUACUUGGAAAAUGUGACACCCAGUUCAAAGUCCCUUUAUUGGGAAUCUUGUACUCAUCUCAGUUCCCAAUAUUUGGAAUGUCAAAAUAGCAUUAUAUUCCCAAAUUCCAAUACUGGGAAUAUAGCACAAUCCUCAAAACAGUAUUUUUUUUAAAAAGUAAUUAUUUUGAUUAAAAUUCAUAAGAGUUCAAAUUGACUCAGUGGAGGCUACCUACAUAAGUAUGCCUACUAUUUCUGUCCUGUUUGGAGAUUCCAGGACAUUCAUGCAUCCAGAAUUAUGAUCUAUGCAAGAAGUCCCUCUGGUUACUCAGAUUCAAGAUCAGAAAUCACAGCCGUGUAUAUAGCAGGCUGAAGAAUGCAUAUUCCUGGAAAAGGUAAUCUGUUACCACAGGAAGUUUUAGAGAACAGGAAGUGGGCAGUCAUCCUACAAUGCAGGAAUUGAAAGGAAUAUUCCCUGUGUGGCACACUCAAUAAUCAGUGCUGAAUACCAAAAUGGAUGAUGCUACCCCAGGAAACUGCAGUCUAGAAUACAUCCAUCAUGUAGCAAAAGGAAUGCACAAGAGACCCAGCACUGUAUAACUGUAGUGAUUGGGGAAUGCAACAAUCAGAGGGAUAAACAAGCAUUCAUACUGAUGCAGCAAUGAGUCCUGCAUGAUGCCUUAUUUCACUGGUGCCAGCUUAAAGGACAUUAAGAGACUGAAGAGCAUUUUGAGGGGGAAAUGAGAAUAGCCAGAAGUCAUGGUCCAUGAGGGAAUGGAUGACGCAGGAUCGAUUUAGUGAAGUCAGAGUUUCAGGUGCACAGAAGAACAUAAAGAGCACAACCUCAAUGGUAGUAAUCCCUGUAUUAAUGCAAGUGCCAUACACCACUGACCAUUGGAACAGUAGGAUAAAACUAGUUAAGACAAUUGUGGAAUUGGUUCAGGAAGGAAGUCUUCUGAUUUUCCAUCCUGAGGUAGAGGUCCUGAUCAAGUUGGAAGAGUUGCACCUCAAAGCUGCGAUCAUUGUCCUUGUGUGAAGAUAAACUCGUGCUGUGGUGAAGAGUUUAAACAAAUAAGCAACAUGAUAAAGUAUCAAUGAGGAAAAUCAAAGUGCAUUAAGGAUCAGGACAGCCAAACAACAUGAAUAGAUAAUAGUUUUAAUAUAGAGUCAGAGCAGUACAGCAUGGAUACAGGCCCUUCAGCCCAAUGAGUCCACACCGAUCACAUUGUCCACCUAGCUAGUGCUAAUUUCCUUUGUUUGGACCAUAUCCCUCCAGGAUCCUCCCCUCCAUGUACCUAUCCAAGUGCUUUUUAAAUGAUACUGUUGUACCUGCCUCAAUCACUUAUUCUGGCAGCUCAUUCCAUAUACUUACUACUCUCUACAUGAAAAAGUUGCCCCUCUGGUCUCUUAAAUCUGAAUCCAAAUGCCCAAUUCACCAUGGACUCCAUGCAUCUUAAUCUUCUGGGUGAGCCUCCCAUGAGGGACCUUGUCAAACACCUUACUAAAAUCCACAUCGACAACAUCCACAGCUCUACCUUUAUCAAUCAUCCUCGUCAAAAAACUCUUAUCAAGUUAGUAAGGCACAACUUGCCCUGUAAAAAGCCAUGUUGACUAUCCCUAAUUAGGCUAUGGUUUUCUAAAUGCUCAUAAAUCCUACCCCUAAGAAUCCUCUCCAAUAACUUUCCUACCACUGAUGUGAGACUCACCAGUCUAUAGUUACCAGGAUUAUCCCUGUUUUCCUUCUUGAAUAAUGCAAUAUUAGCUAUUUGCCAGUCCUCCAGGACCUCACCUGUUGCUAGAGAGAGGACAUGAAGAUAUUGGUCAAGGCCCCAGCAAUCUCAUUUCUUGCCUCUCUCAAUAACCUGGAGUAUAUCCCAUCUGGCCCUGGGGACAUCCACCUUAAUGCUCUAAGAGACCCAACAUGACCUCCUCCUAUAUCUCAAAUAGCAUGCUCCAUGCUGAUCUCGCUAUCCUCCAUGUCCUUUUCCUUGGUAAAUACUGAUGCAAAGUACUCAUUAAGGACCUUACCCCACAUCCUCUGCUUCUAAGCACAUGUUCCCUUCUUUAUCCUUGAAUGGUCCUACCCUCUCCCUAGUUAUUGUCUUGCUCUUGAUGCAUGUAUAGAAUGCCUUGGAAUUCUUUAUAAUCCUCAAAUGCUCUGUUUGAUCCUAGCUUCCUAAGUUUUACAUACUUUUCCGUUUUCUUCUCGACUAUAUUCACCACCUCUCUCGACAUCCAAGGUUCUCUUACUUUGCCAUCCUUGUCCUUCCUUCUUACUGGAACAUAACUGUCCUGUACUCUGUGCAGUUGGUCUUUAAACACCCUUCACGUCAGAUGUAGACUUGCCCAAAAACAGCUGUUUCCAAUUAAUUCUCCUAGUUCCUGCAUAAUGCUCUCGUAAUUUGCCCUUCUCUAAUUUAAUACUCUCCUGCAAGGUCUAUACUUAUCCUUAUCUAUAGCUAUCUUAAAACUUAAGGAGUUGUGGUCACUGUUCCCUAAAUGUUCUCCCACUGAAAGGUUAGUCACCUGUCCAGUCUCAUUACCGAACACCAGGUCCAGUACAGCCCCUCCUCUCAUUGGACUAUUUGCAUAUUGAUUUAAGAAACCCUCCUGGAUGCACCAAACAAAUUCUGCCCUGUGUAAACCUCUUGCACUAAGGAGGUCCCAGUUUAUAUUAGGGAAGUUGAAGUCUCCCAUGACAACAAUCCUAUUAGUUUUAAACCUUUCCCUAAUCUGCCUGCAUAUCUGUUCCUCAAUGUCCUGGUGGCUAUUGGGGGAAUCUGUAGUGUAAUCCCAUCAGAGUGAUUGCACCUUUCUUAUUUUUGAGUUCUACCCCUAUAGACUCAGUAGACGAGCCCGCCAUUAUGUCCCCUCUGAGUGCUGCUGUGAUAUUGUUCCUGAUUAGCAGUGAAACUUUCUUUCCCCCCCCCCCCCUCUUUUUACCUCCCGCUAUCUUUUCUAAAAUAUUAAAACUCUGGAACAUUAAACACCCAUUCCUGUCCCUUUCUCAACAGAAUCUGUUAUGGCCACAACAUCAUAGUUCCAUGUACUGAUCCAUGCUCUAAAUUUAUCACCCUUACCCAUAAUACUCCUAGCAUUUAAAUACACACACUUCAAACUGUCUAUUACAUUGCACCUGCCUGAUUUUACUAGCCCUGACAUCUACCUUCCUCUCAAUCCCUCCACUUUCUGACCCAGUGCUCGGUUCCCAUCCCCCUGCCAAACUAGUUUAAACUCUCUCAAGUACCCUAGUGAACCUCCUGACCAGGAUAUUGGUUCCCCUCCAGUUGACAUGCAACCCAUCCUACUCAUACAGGUCACCGCUGCCCCAGAAGAGGUUCCAAUGAUCCAAGAACCUGAAACCCUGCCCCCCUGCACCAGUUCCUCAGCCACUCAUUCUGCUGUUCUAUCAUUCCAUUCCUGCCCUGACUAGCCCUUGGCACCAGGUAUAAUCCAGAGAUUAGAGAUUACUACUUUGGAGGUUCUGUUCUUCAGUCUUUUUCCUAACUCCCCAUACUCACUGCACAGGACCUUUUCCCCCUUUCUACCCAUGUCAUUGGUACCAACAUGCACCACGACCUCUGGCUGCUCACCCUCCUCCCCCGAGAAUAUUCUGCAGCUGCUCUGAGACAUCCUUGACCCUAGCAUCUGGGAGGCAAAACACCAGCCUGGUAUCUCUUUCACAGCCACAAAAUCUCCUGUCUGUCCCCCUCACUAUUGAGUUUCCUAUCACUAUUGCUCUGCCUGACUUUACCCUUCUCUGCUGAGCCACAGAGCCAGCCACAGUGCCACUGACUUGGCUGCUGCAGCUGUGCCCUGAUUGGAUACUGCUGGGGAGGGGAGGACUUAAGGGGUAUACUUGUUGCUGAAGCAUAUGGCCACAGGGGAACCCUGUACUGACUGCUUACUCCCCUUACUUCUCCUGAUGGUCACCCAUCUAUCUGAAGCCUCUACCCUGGGUGUGACUACCUCAGUAAAAGUCUCAUCUAUGAGGUUUUCAGCUUCCCAAAUAGCCUGGAGUACAUCCAACUCCAUCUCUAUUUCCAUUUCCUUGACCUGGUCUGUCAGGAGCUGUAACUAGAUGCACUUCCUGCAGAUGUAGUCAUCAGGGAGACUGCAAGGUUCCCUGACAUCCCACAUCUCACAGGAGGAAUAUUCCAUUGCCCUGACUGCCAUCCUGCAUACACUGAAUCAAGGACUAAGGAUUUAUAGACAACAAAAUAAAGACCUUACCCGUGCCUUACCAAAACCUUUCUUUUUAAGAAAAAAAGGCUGCUUGCACUUCCCUCACCUAGGGCACUUGCUCAGCCUCUUCUCACCAAAGGCCCAGCCCCUACACUAACACUAAACUACUCCAACAAUGGCUGCUCUACUUAACCUUAUCUUCUUUUUAUUGGCUGCUGCCGAUUAGCCAAUUAUUACUAACAAUAAGCAAGUGUGCCUCUCGUUCUAAGUCAAUGAACUCAAGGGGAAGGAUUGUGAACAAUAUUUUACUCGCCACAAGAUAUUCAGGAAAGAUGGGGAAGGAAUAAACAGGAAGCUGUUGCAGCACUGAAAUAUUCAAUUGCACUCAAUUAAGGAGUUAUUAUGCUACCAAGUAUAAAUUAUAGAUCCCAAAUAGUGGGAAGGUAAGAGGAGCAAAUUUGCAGGACAAUUAGGUAAAGAGCCACAGAGUAUUGAUAAUCCAGGAUCUUCAUUUAUCCUAUUAUUAGCAGGGAUAUUAGCAAGUGAAGGGCAAAAAGGGAGAGGAAUGCAAGUAUAUGUUCAGUAGAUCUUUUGUGAUCGUUGUGCUUCUAGCCCAAUGAGGAUGAAGGCAGUGUUGGACCUAGUUCUGGGGCUGGAGAGAACAAAGCAUGUUUCAGAGGGAGACCAUCUGGACAACAGUAGUGAUUUUAAUAUAAUCAGGUUUAGAACAGUUGUUGAAAAAGACAAAGGAUGGUUGAGUGUAAAAUUACCUCAUUGGAAAAGGACCAACUUCAGCAAGUUACAAAGGGGUCUGGCCUGGGAGGAUUGAAAUCACAAAUUGGUAGGUAAAACCUUAAUUGAACAAUAGAAAGCCUUCAGUGGAGAUAGUUCUUGUAUGCAUUCCUAGAAGAAGGGUAGGAAGGGCAUCCAAACCCAGAGCUCUCUAAAUGACUAAACAUAAGAAGGUGAAAAUGAAAGCAAGAAAGAAGGCUCACAGCAAAUAUAAAGUUCAUAAUAUAGUAUAGAACCAAGCUGAGUAAACAGUAUAGAGAGAUGAUCUAAAAAGGGAAGAGGAGAGAUAUAGAGAAAGAGUAUUUAAAGAGUACUAGUGGAAAGGGAACUAAAUAGCCUCAUGCAAACACGUGAAUAAUAGGAGCUCAGGUGGACCUGAAAGGACGUUGGCCCAGAGGACCAUGCAGGGUGAACCAGGGCAGGGAUGAACAGAGCGAAGGGGCAACUAAGCAAGGAAUGUACAACAGUAAUCAGCUGCAGGGUGAAGCAGGGAGAGCAGGGUGAUUGGAAGAGGACCGGGCAAUGUGUAGAGGGUGCGGAUGUUGCAUGGUGAAGCAGAAACUGAUGUGGGUAAAUGGGAUUAGCAUAGAGAAGUGCAAGGGCAGCAUAGACAUGAUGGGCUGAAGGGCCUGUUUCUGGACUCUAUGAUGCUAUGACUCUAUGACUGAACUGAGAGGGGAAAGAUUUAAAAGCGACCUGAGGGGCAACUUCUUCAUGCAGAGGGUGGUGCAUAUAGGGAACGAGCUACCAGAGAAACUAGUUGAGGAAAGUACAAUAACAACAUCUUAAAAAAAAAUUUGGAUAAGUACAUGGAUAGGAAAGGUUUAGAGGGAUAUGGGCCAAAUGUGGGCAAAUGAGACAAGCUUAGGUGGGAACCUGGUCAGCCUGGAUGAGCUGGGCCAAAUGGCUUGUUUCCAUGCUGUAUUACUCCAUGAAUCUAUGUGUUCCUGGAAGAAGGGUACGAAGGGCAUCCAAUCCAGAGCUCUCUCAAUGACUAAAGAUAAGAAGGUGAAAAUGAAACCAAGAAAGAAGGAUCAGAGCAAAUAUAAAGUCCAUAAUACAGUAGAGAACCACGCUGAAUAUAAAGAGUUGAGAGGCGAUCUCAAAAGGGAAGAGCAGAGCUAUAGAGAAAGAGUAUUAGUGGAGAGCAUUGGGGGGUGCGAAACAGACUUAUGUAAACACAUGAAUCAGGGUAAUUGAUGAUGCGACUGAUGAGGGAAGCAGAAGAAGAUAUUUUGUACAACAAGGAUUAUAGCUGAGGUACAAAUGAAAAUUUUGCCUUGUUUGUCUUUAGAGAAAAGAAUGUUGAUAAUGUCACAGGAAAGGUGGAGGCAGCAGUGAUAUUGUACACCAUAAAAAUAAAGUGGAGUUACUUAAAUGUUUGCUGGACCUUGGAAGCAGAAAAUUUCCUCCGUCUGGAUAGGAUGCUCUGAGGUUGUGAGCAACUAACGAUGGAAACUGUAGAAGUCCUGGCCACAAUCUUCCAAUCCUCCUCAGAGGUGGGGAUGGUGCCAGAAGACGAGAGGAUUGCAAACAUUACACCCCAAUGUGAAGAAGGGGAAUGGCGACAGAGUUUAGAAAACCUUUGGAGACAAUAAUCUGGGAGCAAAUGAAUUGUCAUUUGGAAUAAUGUGGGAUAAUAAAUAAAAGCUGGUGUAGAUUUAUUAAAGGCAAAUCAUUCUUGACUAAAUUGAUUCAGAUCUUUGAUAAAGCAAUGAAGAGGAUUGAUGAGGGACAAAAGGAACCGUGGAAGUAUGGAUACAGAAUGGGUUAAGGGAUGAAGAGCCAAAAAGUGAACAAUUCAAAAGUUGCAGAUGAUCCAACUCCCGUGUGUAAAGAGUGAAGAUGUUGAUUGAUUUAAAGAGGACAUCAAUAGACUGGCAAAAUGACCAGUCACCUGGCAAAUGAACUUUAUGCAGAAAAGUGUGAAGUGAUACAUUUGGACUAAAAAGGUGACAAAUGCACAAAUAAACUAAAUGGCACAAUUUUAAAGGGUAGCAGCAACAGAGCGACCUAUAUUGUAUCCACACAAAUCUUUCAAAUUGACAGAAGGCUGUUAACAAAGCACUUGGAUCACUAUUUUUCACAGAGGAACCAACAACAUAGGCAAGGGCACUGCUAAAUCUUUACAGAAGGCUGGUUAGUUUUGAAUUUAGGUCUGGGUAUCACAUUUUAGGGUGGGUGUAGAAAAAACAUUAUGGACUUAGGUCUCAGGGUGUUACAUCCAAGGCUGCCGCUGACAGAAAGUGGGAAAGUACUGUGAGGGGAGGGGGUACAUAGAAGUGUCAAAAUAAUAAAAUAAUGCGAGAUUGGGCAAUGAAGUGUCAGAGUGAGAAUAAUACAGGGAAAGAUGAAAUACUUCACUUUGAUACAAGAACAGAAAAGCUGAUUUUUUUGUUUUAGAAACUAUAUGUUAGUAUUCUUGGAAAUUUUUGGACUCUUGUAGCUGGAUCAGGAGAAUUAACAUGCAGCUAUAACAAACAAGAAGGAAAACAAAAUGUAUUUUAUCUUUAUUGCAAAAAUGUUGAAGUAUAACAGUAAGUCAGAAGCCUUGUUGUAAUUAAAUGGGGACUUGGGUGAUACCAUACUAGCAGUGUCAUGUAUAUCUUUGGUCUCCUCACCAACAAAAGUGGUUCACUUGAUUGACUCUCAAAAAUCUCAAGCGGAGAGAUGGAGUGGGAAGCACAUGUUGAGAUAUGACAGUAUCAUUUAUCCCUAUAAGCUCAGAACAUGGAUAAAUAUAGAAACUAAGUACAGAAAAUAGAAACUUGUACACUUUCUCUACUUGCAGUUGUACCUACUGUUACAGAACUUCUCAAUAAGAUAUUUUACAGAGUAAUUAUUCUUUGCAUUAGAAAAUACUUGUUAAUAAAUUUAUUUUCAUAACACAAUUAAAAUGGCUUUAAUUAAUAUGGCUAUUUAUUUGUAAAGUUCACUUAAAUAUAUAGAAUAAGUAACCUUACAUUUAUUUAGCAUGAUUAGGAAAAUUAGUACAUGUCAAAACAGUUCGGAACCAAUGAAAUGCUUUUAGACUAUGGUCACUAUUAUCAAUGUAGGUGCACGGUAGCAAAUUUAUACGUAGCAAGAUUUCAUGAAUGGUAAUAAAAUAAAUGAUCGUAAAAUUCGUUAAAGUUGAUGUUAGUUGAAGGUCAAAUAAUGCCCAGGAUGGUAAGGACAACUGUUCAGACUACAGCCUCAGGAUCUUUUGUGUCCACCACAGAGUGUACGCGCCUCAAUUUAAUGCCUUAUCUGAAAGGCAGCCUCUCUGACCCAAGUCUUAGACUUAAACACGUGACUUCCUGAUGGAGAGAUGAGAGUGCUACCUUUGGGCCAAGUCUGAGACAGUAAGUAUCACAUUUCAAGGACAGAUUUUAAGGUCUGAUUUGGUAAAAUGAUGUGAUUGCUGAGCUACUUUGAUUCCUGUUUUCAUGAUUAAUUUACAGAUUUAAUAAUUUUAAAAAAGGUUACGUUAACAUAUUUUGCAACUGUUCUCUGAAUUUAGUCUGGGCCAGUGCAUAAAUGCAUGUGUUUGUACAGGAGCUCAGUAGUUGAAACAUAUCUCCAGUGUACUCCACAACAAGGAAUGGAUCUGUGUAUUGGUCUGGCUCGUAAUAAUUGUCUGUAAUUCUUGAAAUGAGGUAAAACAGAACAUACGGCAUCCACAGCACAAUAAAGGUGCUGGAAAUGGAGAA